AUGCCAGGCGCCACCACAUCCCCCGGCAAGCAGUCCGCGGACAAGACGCCAGAGAGGAACGUCGACCGCCCCAUAUUCCGCCGCAUGCUCUCCGUCCCCGAGGGCGACAAGGGCAGCGUCGAGCGCAACACCAUCGAGGUCCCCAUGUCUCGCUCCCCCUUCGCCGAUACAAACGAGCUCAUGCACCCCCUCAGCAACGCCCCCUCCUCGCGCGACCGCCGGGGCUCCCGCAACAGCUUCGGCACUUCCCUCCCCAUCCCACGCUCGAAGAGGCAGUCGAGACUAUCGUCGAACAUUAACAUCGAGGAUGCGAUGGCGGCGGCGAAUAUGAGGCCGGGGAUGCCGCCCAUUCAACCGACGAGGGAGAUUAUUGCGAGUCAGCUGCAGGAUAUGUCGUCGGUGAAGACGACGGCGGCGAAGGACAUGGCGUUCGCUUUUGACAUUGACGGAGUCCUCGUGCACGGUGACCGUCUGAUCCCCGAGGGCCGUCUCGCGCUGGAGAUCCUGAACGGUGAGAACGAGCUCGGCAUCAAGAUCCCGCACAUCUUCCUCACCAACGGCAGUGGCAAGAUCGAGAGCCAGCGCUGUGACCAGUUGUCCCAGAUCCUCGGCGUCCCCAUCUCGACCGAGCAGUUUAUCCAAGCUCACACCCCCAUGUCUGCCCUGGCUGAGUACUACGACACCGUCCUCGUGGUGGGCGGCGAGAAGUACAAGUGCCGCGAGGUGGCCAAGCUGUACGGGUUCAAGGAUAUUGUCGUCCCUAACGACAUCUACGCCGCCAAUCCCGAGAUCUCGCCCUUGAAGGAGUUCUUCACCGAGGAGCAGCGUGCUACGUCUGCGCCGAGGGAUUUCAGCAAGGUUAAGUUCGAUGCUAUCCUCGUGUUCUCGGAUUCCCGCGAUUACGCGACUGAUCUCCAAAUCAUGAUCGACCUCCUCCUCUCCGAGGACGGCGUGCUGGGGACCAAGGCCAAGGAUCCCCUCGCGAACCGCAUCCCCGUCUACUUCUCCCAGGGCGAUGUUCUUUGCCCUACCGAGUACCCAAUCCCCCGCAUGUCGCAGGGAACCUUCCGCAUCGCGCUCGAGGCUAUUUACAAGUCCAUCACCGGCCACGAACUGGAGCGUGUGGUGUACGGCAAGCCCGAGUUGGCAACGUACAAGUACGCCGAUGAGGUGAUGUCGUCCUGGAUGGAGACAAUUCACAAUGAGGAGCGCCUACCCAAGAACAUCUACAUGAUCGGUGACAACCCGCAGUCUGAUAUCGUUGGCGGGAACAUGUACGGCUGGAACACGUGUCUGGUGCGCACCGGUGUGUUCCAGGGCGAGGGCAAUGAUAAGGAGAACCCGGCCAGCUUUGGGGUUUUCAACAAUGUGCUCGAGGCUGUGCAGGCGGCGCUGAAGCAGGAGUUGGGUGAGGAUUUCAGGCUCAACUGGAGUGAUUCCAUGAACCCCGUUAUCGGGAACCAGUCGGUUUCGGCGGUGGAGUAA